AUGAAGUCACUGCACGGCUGCCAGCGGAACGCGCUCAAACGCGUGAGGGGCUCCGCAGAGGACCUCCACAGGCGGGCGCUGGCCAAGCUGCGCGAGAGGUGCGAGAGGCUGCAGAUCAUCGACGGGCUGGAGCAGAUAUUCGAGUGGGUGCUGUGGGACGCCCCGAUCAUCAUCCACAUUGACCUCGACGCCGUGGGCCGCUACCUCAAGGAGGAUUCCUACUACCGGAACCAGUUCGAGACCGGAACCACUAAAGGACUCAACAUUCUGCCCAUCAGGGAGGGGUGGGAAGAGAAGCUGUUCGGAGAGUGCUACAAGGACGCCCUGCCGUUCGAAAGGCCGAAGUACGGCGUCCUCGACAUAAUGAACGAUCCUGAGGGAGUACUUGCCGCAAAGGAUUACGGCAGGUCUUAUGCAAUCCUCAAGCAGGCAAGAUUCAGAUGCACUCUCACACCGCGGGACAGUGGCAAACCAAGUGUUGAAUUUGGGCACGUUGGUACAUUAGACAUGUGUGCACAUGUGCUUCUAGAGUUCAGCGAUGAAGAGCUUGGAGAGAUCUAUCGUGUAGCAACUGCAGCGGACUCCCGUGAUCGCAUUGGGGAUUCCCGUCACAUACAGGGCUUCGAUUACAAGGAAAUUCAACUGCAUGGGGAGCUGGAUCUCAAGAAGCACGUGAAACGCUUAGUGGUGGAUCCUCAGCACCUUGUGUACGGUUUGUGCCAUGACCUGGGCGACGAGCAGAAACUCGACCAGGAGGGUAUUGAGCGGCUCUGCCAGGAGCAUGGUUGGGACCUUUCGUACAUAGGUGACCCGGACAAAGCUAGAGCUGUUGGCUUCCGCGACACCCGCUUCAAAUGGGAGAAGGACAUCCGCAAGGAGCAGAGGUGGAAGAACCAGACCCGAAUCCCUAGCAGAAUUCGCUGCGUAAGGUAA